AUGGGCACUGAAACAAAUCACAAAGUUCCUGUCAUUCAUUUUUCCAAAGAAAACUUGAAACCUGGAACGCUUUCUUGGUCCUUGACCUGCAAGGAAGUUAGGCGUGCACUAGAAGAGUACGGAACUUUCACAGCAGUGUAUGAUAAAGCUUCAAAAGAGCUUGAAAAUGCAAUUUACAAAGCAGGAAAAGAGUUGUUUGAUCUCCCAUCAGAAAGCAAAAUGAGAAACAAAGCUGAGAGGACUUUCCAUGGUUUUCUGGGAAAUUCUCCCAUUAUCCCUUUGCAUGAAAGCUGUGGCAUCGAUAAUGCCACAACUCUAGAAGGUGUAAAAAAAUUCACAAGUCUCAUGUGGCCAGAUGGGAACGAGAAAUUCAGUGAAAAUGUGCUUUCGUACUCAAGCAUGGUGGCAGAGUUAGAUCAAAUGGUACAGAGAAUGAUUUUUGAAAGCUAUGGUGUGGAUAAGUACCUUGAACCUCAUAAGGAGUGCACAUAUUACCUUCUUCGUCUCAUUAAAUAUAGACCACCGGAGGCGAAUGAGAAUAAUUUAGGAUUUCGCGCUCAUAAUGACAAGGGCUUUACAGCAAUAGUCCAUCAAAUUUACGGAGAAGGAUUGGAGAUCGAAAAGGAUGGCGACUGGAUCCUCUGCGAGCUAUUGCCAAAUUCUUUUGUGAUCCUUGCUGGAGAUGCUCUCAUGGGAUGGAGUAAUGGCAGAAUACGUUCAGUUAAACAUAGAGUCACUAUGAACACAAAAGAGAUGCGGUUUUCUACUGCGCUUUUUGCAUUCAGUACUGGAAUGAUACAAAUCCCAGAAGAGCUAGUUGAUGACCAAAAUCCAUUGCGGUUUAAGUCAUUUGAUCAUCAAAAGUUCCUUCGUUUCUUCGAGACAGAGGAAGGCCGGAAGGCUGACUCUCCUCUCCAAGUUUACACCGGUGUUUGA